GGUGGCUAGAGGGCUCCGGUGACGGCACGCGCGCUCACGCGCCGCCAGUCACCGGACCCGAUUACAGAUCUCCUUUCUCUUUCUUACUUUCUCUCUCAAUUCGACCUAUACUGCACUCAAUAUUACCUUAUCUUAUAUGAGACUUUGUACUCUUAGGACAUUUUCUGUAACUUAUUUUAUUUUAUUUUUUCUAACCAAAACAUAACUAGAAAUACAAAUUUGUAGAACCCAUUUUUCUUUUAUUUUCUUAUCUUUAUUUUUCUUAGAUCCUAUUCUUAUUCUGUGUUUUUUUUUUAAUUUCUAGAUUAUUGAUUUUAAGAACUCUUUGUAGAUCUAAGAUAAAAUUAAGACAAUGAAAUGAACAUUUAAACAAUUGUACUAACACAACUAAGCGAUCGAGGAUGAUAAUCUUAUGGUUGGAGGAUAAAGGAAUAGCUUUCCCGUUAUGGCAGAGAACAGAACAUGAAUCUCUACAGUUAGCCACGACAAUUUUCUCCGGCAUUUGGAUGGACACAGCUGCGGUAGACCCCACUGCAUAGCACCCCGGCCUCCAUGAUUCACAGCUCCUACGGCGAGCUCCUCCACCAUCGAGUUACGUCGAGCUCCUACAGUGAGCUCCUUGUUGCUUUCUCAUUCGUCGUUGAAGAAUCACCUCGGCAUCACUCUGCCACGCUCACAUCCACCGACGUGGCCAUCCGGAGUGGUUGUGGCCAAGGCCGAGCUGAGUUUUGUGGCCCCCUAAGCACAUAAUAUACUUUUGAUCCUUCAGUAACUUAUUUUUGAAAACAACAUUAAAAAUCAUGUUGAUUAGAUUCGAACCGGCGACCCUUCGCUUCUAAUUUCUUCAAAGACCAGUAGAGCUGACUAGACUGCGAUUUAUUUAAAGUAAUAAACGCUUAAUAUAAUUAUAAACUUCACGACCCCAAAUACAUGCUUGAUAGCUUUUAGUCAGGUCCGGCCCUUACUGUGGUUCGUUCUCUCUGCCAUAGAGGAAAAGCUCAAGAACAAACAUGGUCAAUUAUCUUACCAAAAAAUGGUCAAUCUUUCACCUUUUUGUGUGUUUAGUUCUUCAAGUUCUUGGUUAUUUUUUUACUUCAAAUUUUCAAAUUUGCAGAUAUGACUUUUUUAUUUCACCCCAAAAUUUCUAAUGUGCAUUUUCACCCAUGUUAUAUGCUAAUGAAUUAAGAUAAAAAGUCUAAAACUCAUCAAAAUUAUGAAAUAUCAAAGAAAAGAUGAGUAAUGAGUAAUAUAAAGACUAGGAGGUCAAUUAAACAUUAGAUAUCACCAUGUUUACAUAUAAUAUAUGGUAACUUUACAUAUAAGCCCUGUUCGGCGCAUGGUCGCAGCGCGUCCAGAGUCAGCGACCAUUGAUCCCUUCAGCUAAAUCCAGGCAUCGGUUUCCAGCCUCAUCUAUCCGCCUUCUCAUCUUCUCUCUUCUAACUCCUUUGUUAUCUUCCUGUUGUUCUUGUUGUGUUCUUCUUGUUUAAUAAGUUGCAUUUGCAACAACUCUGUAAAAGACUUAAAAACCUUGGUAUGAAUCUUAACAUUUACACCCAAAAAAAGAAAAAUAUCGCGAUGUUUCCAAAUAUACGUAUUUACUUCGUUUGGGAAAAAUGUUUGUAGCAACAAAUAUGAGCACACAUUUUUUACUUGUAAACAAUAUGACAUGGUUUUGAUUUUCUCUUCAAUAAUUUAAAUUUUGUUUGUAAACACAUAUUAUGAUUAUAUAUUUGAAUAUAUUAUUUGUUUUUGAAUAGUUUUGAUAUUUUGUUUGAAUUGUUGUUUGGUAUAUCUACAUCUUGUUUUAUCCAGUCUAUCUAGGAUGUGUCUGGACCUUCGGCUAGGGACCGUACCGGCGCUGAUACCAUUUAUGCCAUAAAGCAUCUUUCCCACGGUGGAUCAAACCAAGGAGUGCAACAGCACCAGUGGUAAUUUUGAUCUUGUCUUCAAUAAUUUGAAAUGUUUUUGUAAACAUGAGCAAAAAAAAAAGUUUUGAAGAUUCUAAUUGAAGAAUCACCAAAUAUAUGAUAGUGGUAUUUAUGAAAUUGAAAGUUACGAAAGUUUUCUAUAAGAAAGCGGAAAGGAAAUAAAGUUUUGUUGGUAUAGAAUGAAAGAGAAAUGGAAAUUGAAUGUUUGAGUUUUAAGAACUCUAAAUCAGAGGCGACCUAGGUAAGGGGAGGGUGUGGCACGUGCUACAUUCUAAUUUUUUUUUAAAAAGAUUUUUAUUCAAAUUUUAGGUACAUGUCCCUAAUUUAUAUGGUUAUUACAUGAUGUGCCCCAUGUUAAAUAUUUUUAUAUCCUUAUAUUAAAUCUUUCUUUCACUGUGUGCCCCAUGUUUUAAAAUGUUAUGGGUCUGUCCCCGCUCUAAAUUAGUUGUUCAUGCUAGUUGGAGAAAUUAGUAAUAAUGGCAUUAUUGUAAAUAAGAAAAAAUGUUUAGGAUAUUUAUGAUUUUAAUAAUUUUUGAAAAAUAUAUAUAUUUUGUGAAUAUAUUUGGAAAUUUUAAAGAUUCAAUAGAAUGGAUUUGGCAAAAUAUAGUCGAAAAAAGAGUUAUAUUAGCAAGACUUCAAUUUUGAAUCAUUUUCGUAAAACCCUUUAUUUAUAAGUAUGCAUAAGCACAUGCAAAUCACAUGGUUUUACAAAUAAAUACAAAUGGAAUCCCAAUAAAACACCAUGUUAUCUUUCUUUUUUUAAAAUCAUAAAAGGAAAUUUAAUGUAAAUAUAUUUUAAAUUUUCAUAAAAAAAUAAACCAAUUAAUUAAUAGAAACAUGCGUGUAGCGAAAAACUUAGUUAGAAUAUAAUUAUCUUGUAGGUGAUGGGUCCGCUGAAUAUAGAGUUGUUUGGAAUCUGAAAAUGAAUUAUUCAGAUGACAACAGUUACAAAAAUAAAAUUAAAAUUAUCCAGCUGACAAAUUAUGAAAUAUAAACUCAUAUCAUCUUUUGGCAUGUUUAGGGGCCAUAAUCUCAGCUGUACGGAGACGACACACUUGUGCCAGAGGGGGAACACAAUCUUCCCAAGUAUUCAAAGGGUAAUCUCAGAACAAACCGUUGACUUUGUCAUUAAUUGUUAAUGCUAACCCCAAGAUAUUUGAAUCGAGGAUUACCAUAAAUUACUAUAUAAAGACAUAAAUGUGCACCCCACCUUUCAUAUCAAACAUAAAAAGUCAGCAAACAAAGGCAUAUUCCUCUUCUCUUUCUAAAUAUUCAGAUUCAAGGAUCUCCAUGGCUAUCCACAAGAGCCUCUUCGCUUCACUUCUAAUCUGCUUACUGUUCCAAAUUAGUCAUGGUGCUACCAAAGAAAGGCUCUUCUCUGACCUGGAGAAAGGUGCACUUGAGGUCACCGCUAAGCCCAGCCGAGAAGGCGUUUUGGAUGCCGGAAUUGACAAGUUGAGCAUUACAUGGAAGCUAAGCUCGACAGCUACAAAAGAGGCUGAAUUUACGACCAUCAAAGUAAAGCUAUGCUACGCUCCGGUCAGCCAAGUUGACCGACCAUGGCGCAAGACCGAAAAUGAGCUCUUCAAGGACAAAAGCUGCCCACACAAGAUCAUUACCAGGGCCUAUGAUAAAUCCCCUCAAUCAUUCGAAUAUACCCUCGAACGCGACAUCCCUACCGGGACCUACUUCGUUCGUGCCUACGCAGUUGAUGCCAAAGACCAUGAAGUUGCCUUUGGACAGAGCACGAACGAGGCCAAGUCAACCAAUCUCUUCAGCGUUCAGGCUAUCAGUGGUCGCCACAAGUCCUUGGAUAUUGCCUCCGUCUGCUUCAGCGUCUUCUCUGUCCUGGCUCUUCUUGUCUUCUUUGUCAACGAGAAGCGGAAAGCCAAAAUAGAGCAGAGCAAAUGAGUCGUUUACUUUGCGUAAUUGCGACGUUGAGCAAAAAGGAUUUGACUUUGAAUUUUCUUUUUCUUUUCUUUUAUCAGUUGCUUUUGUUUUGUUGCUUACUUCCUUCUCUUUUCUACUUUUAUAUUACAUAUUUGUAUCAUUAUAUAAGCCUUUCAUAUGGCGCCAAAAACUAAUCCUAUCGUGGUGAUAUGUUGUGUGUUUUCUAUAUUUUUUUUGGGCAAUGUUUUUUAUAUAUUUUAAUACUCUUUUUGAUA